CUGAGGCCGUAUCGCAACAAACAAUUAUUAACCGCAAUGAACAGCAGCAGCAGGCCAGGAAGGGAAGUGGUUUUGAAAGACUUCUGAAGUGGCUGAACUUCACACUGUUUUCGAAAAGAUAGUGACUGCAGUCCUACUUGCACUCAGACGACACAAAUUCGCGAAAACUCUUACACUCGGAUGCAAAUCGGAUGUAAAAACUGAAAACUCAUUGAAACGUAGAUCAACAUAUCAGUGGAAGAACAACAGUAACAGAAGUGUCUCCAACUGGAAAAAUGAGAUCCAUUACAGUUGCUGUCUUAUUUUGUACUGGAUAUUUCCUUUUGUCACCCGCCUUUGCCCAUCCUCGGGGAGAAUGGACGAGACUCAUCCUGACCCAAACCUGGCCACAGACGUUUUGCAGUGUGGAACAAUGCAAAACAAAUAUCAGCUAUUGGACUUUGCAUGGAUUAUGGCCCAACUCUGGCAGCAUGUGCAACUCAUCCUGGCACUUUAAUGCCAGUUUGAUCGAGGACAUACUGCCAGAAAUGGAGAAGUUCUGGCCAGAUCUGCUCAUACCUUUAUCUUCAGAAUUUUGGGAAUAUGAAUGGUUGAAACAUGGAACUUGUGCUGCAAAAGCCGAGUCUCUGAACAGUCAACAUAAAUACUUCAGCAAAGCUCUUGAGCUGUACCACAAGUUUGACCUUAGUAGUGUUUUAAGGAACCACCAAAUUGUGCCCUCUGAAGAGUACUACACAUUUGAUGUUGUAGAGACGGCCAUUAGCAGCUUCUAUCAAGUCAAGCCAAAGAUUCAGUGCGUCCACCCACAAAAGGGAGGCCAGGUUCAGACUUUGGGCCAAAUCGAGCUCUGUGUUGACCGGGAUUUCCAGCUGAUUGACUGUGAAAAGUCAUUUGAGGUGAUCUGGAGCAACGAGAUCCUGCCAGUGUCUGUGAGUGGCCAUUCAGACCUCAGCGUGUGUGAUCACUCCAUGCCAGUGUAUUACCCUCCAGUGCUGGGCACAUCACACAGGUGGUAAACUCUUGUCUCAUUGAGCGAUAGUGCAAUCGGAUGAGGUACUGUAUCACUGAGAGAGAGAGAGAAUAAGAAUUCAGUUGAGGAUCGUCUAGUUUAGCUCUUGAAACACUGCACAGAAGAAAUAUUCAUGAUUACACUAUUUGAUGCAUUCUUUAAGCUAAUUACACAUUUAUUUCUCUUGUUAUUUAAAUGAUUACACGCUGGAACACAUUUACUGAAGAUCUAAGGGUAACAAAUUCACAGACUGCUGUAUUCAUGUUGUUUUUUGUUUUUGUUUUUUAGUUCAUUUUUCGAUUUUUAAUUGAUGUUUAUUUUUUGAUGAAUCUCAUGAAAACAUGUUCAGACCACAUUUUGCCAUUAAAUAAAAUAAAUUAAAUGUAACAAAUAUUUAUUGAAAUUGUUACAAAUAUUAUUUAAAAAAAUACAUACGUUUUUAAUAAUAUACCUUUUUAAUAAUAUAUAAUAAUGUUACUGUGCAUUUUCUUUAUGCCAAUUACAAUUCUUCUUGAUUUGGGGGUGAAAUAUGACCUGGACAUGUUCUUGACAUGUUUUCUUUAUAGAUCUACUUAAACUAAAUGUUCUUGAAAUAUUGUUUUUAUUCACAGUAUUUACUGUUAUUGUUAAAAUAUGUCCCAGGAGUUGGUUAUAAUGUUCUGUUUUCUAUAUAUUUAAUCUGAUACAUUUUAUAUUACACUUAACAUCAAAAGAGACUAUUCAUACUAUAAUUUGGAAUGUUAAUGUGUGAAAUAUGUUGCAGAUUUUAAGUUUUGGGCCUACAGGCUGCAAUUGCAGGUAAUGCACAUUUAAGCUCUCGCCACUGGAGGGCAGGACAUGCUCUCUGGAAAAUAGUCAAAUGCACAAAGACAUUUAGGUGUAAUCAGGUUUACAGUGCAGCGCCAGUUUACAAGGAGACGGUUUGCACAGCCUGUUAACAUUUUGCACAAAGUGUGUAGUUAAAUAAACACGGUGUCUUUCUGUUUUUUUAACCAGUAUAUUUAAAGGACAUAUCUGAUAUUUUCUAAUCUGUAUUAUGUCAUGACUGGGCAUUUGACUGUUAUUUUUUACAAUGCUUGAUAGUUAACUAUUGGUCUUUAACUGAAAUCAGCAUGUAAAAUAGAAGCCUUACCUUUCAUUGCAUUUGGCAUUUAUAUAUAUCUGCUGCUGGGGGUAGUUUUUAACAGGUACAAAGUUAGUUUUUUGGCUUUUUACUGUAUGUGAUAAAUGUAAAUCAAUAACAUAUUCAUGUGUCAAACUGAAACCUUCUCGCUCUCUUUUUUUUAUAUAUAUAUAUAUAUAUAUAGUCAUGAACUUGGCCUUUUUUUAUUGUAGUGCAAUGCUAAUUGAAUAAAUAUAAAGAUAAUCACACCAUCCUAAGGAUGUUUGCAUCUUGGUUGCAUCAUCACCUUGUCAUUACAGGUCUUUAAUCAUUGAAUUGUGUGGCAUUCACAUUGUCCAUGUCUCCACUGUCCUUAAAAACAGCCGUAUGUUCAAAUGAUUUAUAGACUUUUUACAAGGCCAGUUUGGUGUUUGUAUUGCUGGUGUAAAUAUACUGUAAACAGUGUAUACACUCAGUGAUCACUUUAUUAGGUACACCUCUACACCUACUUAUAUAUGCUAUUAUCUAAUCAGCUAAUCAUGUGGCAGCAGUGCAAUGCAUAGAAAUCAUGAAGAUGUGGGUCAGGAGCUUCAGUUAAUGUUCACAUCAACCAUCAGAUUGGGGAAAAAAUGUGAUCUCAGUGAUUUGGACCAUGGCAUAAUUGUUGGUGCCAGAUGGGCUGGUUUGAGUAUUUCUGUAACUGCUGAUCUCCGGUGAUUUUCACGCAUAACAGUCUCUAGAAUUUACUCAGAAUGGUGCCAAAAAAAAAAAAAAAACAUCCAGUAAGCGGCAGUUCUGUGGAUGGAAACGGCUCGUUUAUGAUAGAGGUCAGUGGAGAAUGGCCAGACUGGGUCGAGCUGACAGAAUGGCUACGGUAACUCAGAUAACCACUCUGUACAAUUGUAGUGAGCAGAACAGCAUCUCAGAAUGCAUAACAUGUCGAACCUUGAGGCAGAUGUGCUAUAACAGCAGAAGACCACAUUGGGUUCCACUUCUGUUUGCCAAGAACAGGAAACUGAGGCUGCAGUGGGCCUACCAUCUGCAUGUCACAGUAGAAAUUGAGAUUCGUCAGAACAGGCAAUGUUUUUCCAAUUGUCUACUGUCCAGUUUUGGUGAGCAUGUGCCUACUGCAGCCUCAGCUUUCUGUUCUUAGCUAACAGAAGUGGUACCCGCAGGGGUCUUCUGUGUCAUGUGUAUUUUGUUGAUCCAUGUUUUUCAUGUCUUUUAUUUUAAAAUUCUAGUUCUUGUUCCCUAGUCAUGAUGUCCUGUUUUCCCUCUAUGUUCAUGUGUCUUGUUUUCAUUGGUUUAUUGUUUAAUUAGCUUGUUUAGAGUUCUGUUUGUUCAUUGGUUUAUGUUCUCUCAUGUCAUGUAUUUAACCCUCAUGUUUUCCAUAGUCCAUUGUCAAGUAUUGUUGAAUGUGGAUGUGUUUUGUGCUUCAUAGUCAAGUCAAGCCGUUUAUGUUUUGUUUUAUACUCACGUUUGGAUACUGCACCUUGUAAAUAAACUGCACUUGGGUUCUCUUUACGUCAUCGUCUUCGUCAUUGCCAGCGCACAUCGUUACAUUCUGCUGCUGUAGCCCAUAUCCGCCUCAAUGUUCAACGUGUUGUACAUUCAGAAAUGCUUUUCUGCAUAUCACUGUUGUAACACU